AUGGUGCCCCUGCGGGCCUGCGAGGUACGCCAGCUGCUCCACAACAAGUUCGUGGUGAUCCUGGGUGACUCGGUGCAGCGCGCCGUGUACAAAGACCUGGUGCUUCUGCUGCAGAAGGACUCCUUGCUCACUCAGAGCCAGCUCAAGGCCAAGGGGGAGCUGAGCUUCGAGCAGGACAAGCUGCUGCAGGGAGGCCAGCUGGACACCCUGCAUAACGGCAUCACAUACCGCGAGGUGCGCCAGUUCCUCUCGGGUCACCACCUGGUGCGCUUCUACUUCCUCACCCGCGUCUACUCCGAGUACCUGGAGGCCGUCCUGGAGCAGCUGCGCACUGGCGAGCACGCGCCAGACCUGGUCAUCAUGAACUCUUGCCUCUGGGACCUCUCCAGGUACGGCCCUGAGUCCGGGCAGAGCUACCUGGAGAACCUGGCCAAGCUGUUUGCACACCUGGGCCAGGUGCUUCCCGCCUCCUGCCUGCUGAUCUGGAACACAGCCAUGCCCGUGGGCCAGGAGAUCACUGCGCGCUUCCUCCCACCGGAGGGACAGCUGGAUGCCGCCUCCCUGCGCGCCCGCCUGGUCGAAGCCAACUUCUACUGCUUCGCUGAGGCCAGGAAGCACGGCUUUGACCUGCUUGACUUGCACUUCCACUUCCGCCACGCGGGACAGCACCGGCACCACGACGGGGUGCACUGGGAUGCACGUGCCCACCGCUGCCUCUCGCACCUGCUGCUGGAGCACGUGGCCGACGCCUGGGGUGUGGAGCUGCCCCACCGCGCCCCUGCAAGCAGGUGGGUCCGAGAGGGCCCUGCAAGGGGGCGGCGGGGCCGUGGCACCCGGAGGCAGCCCUCAGCCAGCAGGGACAUCCUGGCUCCACCACUGGCCCCUCCCAGCCGUGCACCCCUGCUCCCGCUCCGGCCCCCUCUUCUGCCCACGCCGCCCUGCCCCAUCUCUCCUUACCCAGGGAUGCCCCAGUUCCUGUUCUGUCCCCAGGAUUCCUACUUCAGCUCAGACCCUCCCUUCCAGGUGAAUCCAUUCCGUUUCAGCCCAGGUACCCCCUCCCCCACUCAGCCAAGGUUUGCCAUGGAAGCCAACUUGAUGUUUGGUCCCCGGCUGCCUGGACCCUGCCUCCCUUCACCCUGUGUCCAGCGGCAGGCCCUGGUGGUCCACAGAGGCUUCCCCCAGAACCCGCCCCGGGGCCCCUACACACCCUGCAGAGGGCGGCCUAGGCGUCCUGGCAGGCGCGCCCCAGCUACCCAGAGCCCCGAUGCUGGCCAGACCCCUGCUCAUGCCUGGGAUUGCCUGAGCCUUGGGGGCCCCAUGGAAGGCUAG